CUGUAAUUUGCUUUUCUUUGCUUUGCUUUGCUUGCUUGCUUCAAUGGAUCCAGUCUAUGAACAAGGAUUGAGAGAUGAAAUUGUUUAUCUUCAUUCUCUAUGGAAACAAGGGCCUCCCACUAAUCAUCUCAAUCCCUCAUCCUCCAUCGCCUCUCCGUUCCAUCGUUUUAACCCAUCAAAUCCAAUCCAUUUCAAGAAGAAAAAACACAAAACGAUACUAAACCUAGUUCAACAACACCGUAAUAAGCUUCUUCUUCCGCAGAUCGAUUCCGGCCCUGAAUGGCCAAUUCCAAAGAGUCCAGAAAUCAUAUUAAACGGUUGGCCGCCAUUGAAUCUUCCACCGACAACCCAUUUGCCCUCUCCAGAAGAUCUAGCCCGAUUGGCCGAUUCUAAACUGCAUCAGAGAACAUUGAAGGCUGCCCGUGACUUUUUUUCUGCAGGAAUCGAAGAUGAUGAUAAUAGUGAAGAUGAGGAAGACGCUGAUGAUCUAAUGGAAGAUGAUGAUGAUGAUGAGCGAAAAGAGUACAAUUUCUUCCUCAAUCUUUUCAAUGAGGAUACUGAUUUGAGAAAUUACUAUGAGGGUAAAUGGAAAGGUAGUGAAUUUUUCUGCUUGGUUUGUGGAGGAAUUGCUAAUAAGGGGAGUAAGAAAUUCAAGAACUGUUUGGCACUUGUUCAACAUUCGCUUUCCAUAACGAAAACAAAGAAGAAGAAAGCUCAUAGAGCUUAUGCUGAGGUUAUCUGUAAAGUUCUUGCUUGGGAUAUCAACCAACUUCCUAGUUACUCUUCAAUUUUAGCUAAAUCUGGUGAUUCUGAGAUACAAGCUGUUGGCAAUGACAGUAAUAAUAGUGUAUCAAUGCAAAAUGUGGUUGCUCAACUCCACAAGGAUGAAAUAGUUUCAAAUGUUGAGGAAUCUUUUGCUAAUAAUUCGAACACAGAAAACAUCGGUCUGUCCACAGGAGAUGAUGCAAGUAAACAAGAAGAAGCAGCAGCAGUGGUUAAUCAACUGUGUGGGAAGAUCUCGUCCAAUAUGGUGCUGGAAUCGGGGGAAGCCAUGGCGAUGUUGAUGUAAUAAAAAGAAAGCAGCUUGGUUAGGUCAAAUGACAAUGGUGUUGAGCUGGUGGUGGAGUUAGUUGUAGAUUUCAUUUUGUUUUGUGUUCUACAACAAUGUUUCUGUCUUUCAUAAUUAUAUUUGUUUCUCAAAGGUUGUUUCCAUAUGAUGUACCUUGAUUAACAAACAUCCCUAGAAGUAGAAGAAGAACAUUAUUGAAAAUCAAAUUGUUUUGUUUGUAGAUAAGA